AUGUCUUCGACGUCCAAUUCGAUCAAGCUGCUCAGCGGCAACUCUCACAUGCUUUUGGGGCGGUUGGUCGCCGAUAGGCUUGGUAUCGAGAUUGCAAAGACCUUGAGCUUGAACUACUCCAACCAAGAGACCAGUGUCACUGUCGGCGAGUCUGUUCGCGAUGAAGACGUAUUCAUCAUUCAGUCAACCAUGCCCGGUGACAUAAAUGAUGGCCUGAUGGAGCUCCUCAUUAUGACACACGUGUUCUUCCCAACUUCCCUCGCCAAGAUAAGAAGGACAGGUCACGAGCAAACCGCCGGCUGCAAUCAUGUCAUCACGAUGGACUUGCACGCGUCUCAAAUUCAGGGAUUCUUCAACAUACCUGUGGACAAUCUUUACGCUGAACCCUCUGUACUGCGUUGGAUCAGGGAAAACCUGCCCGUCGAGAAGUGCGUCAUCGUGUCGCCUGACGCUGGUGGAGCAAAGCGGGCGACUUCCAUUGCGGACCGUCUAGACCUCGGCUUCGCCCUUAUCCACAAGGAGCGACCACGACCCAACGUUGUGGGACGCAUGGUCCUCGUUGGUGAUGUCAAGGACAAAAUUGCCAUCCUUGUCGACGACAUGGCCGACACGUGCGGCACUCUGAGCAAGGCAGCGCAGACUGUAAAGGACCACGGUGCAGCAGAGGUGGUUGCGAUUGUUACCCUUCUGAGCGGAAACGCCAUUGAGAACCUUAACAACUCGUGCCUGUCCAAGGUCGUCGUUACAAACACCGUACCACUGGGCAACAAGGUUGACAGAUGCCCGAAGAUUCGUGUCAUUGAUGUCUCAGCAACCAUUGCAGAGGCUAUCCGACGUACACACAAUGGCGAAAGUGUCAGCCACCUUUUCACUCAUGUCCCUGUCUGA